AUGACUCAAGCUAAUCAUAUAAUUUUUAAGCCAAAACAAUUGAUUUCAAAAGAAGUUUUAACAAGUAAGGAUCAAUUAAAUAGGGAAUUAUCUCCUAAUCGACAAACUAUCCAAUAUCAAGUAAAAACUUAUGUUAAUAAAACAGAUUAUUCUAAUAGAUGUCAAACAACUAAACGUCGUUGUCAUGAAUUAACUCGUGAAUGUGCUAUUUGUUUAUUAGAUCAACCAAUUUAUUUUUUUGAAGGAUUUUAUAGUAAUCAAUGUGAACAUUCUCAACGAACAAUAUGUGAUACAUGCAUUUAUAAUCAUGUAAAAUUUCUUGUUGAAAAUAAAAUAAAUACAAAUAUAAUUUGUCCUGAACCUAAUUUUACUUGUAUUAAAUGUAAAAAACAAACAUGUACAUAUCAUCGUAUGAAAUGGCAUAAUGGAAUGACAUGUCAAGAAUAUGAUCUAUCUACUGAUGAUAAUAUACGAUUAUGGCUUAGAAAAAAUACAAAAAGAUGUCCGUUAUGUCAUUCAUUUAUUGAAAAAAUAUCUGGAUGUGAUCAUAUGACAUGUACUAUAUGUAAACAUCAAUUUUGUUGGAUAUGUUUGGCUGAUUAUCGAAAAAUUCAAAUUUAUGGUCGAAAACAACAUAUGAAAUAUUGUACACAUUAUUCUUUUUAUUCUCAUUCGAACAAUCAUUUUUAUAGACAAAGAUCAAUUAUUUGUACUAUUUUAUAG